AUGACCAAACCUGUGCUAAUUGAAAGAAAACAGGUUGACAAAAAGAAUGAAUUCAAGCUUUGCCUUGUGGGCCACCCUCCAAGCUGCAUUCCUCAGUAUCGUCAUAGUGCACCUUACGUUGGACCCCCGCAGCAAUAUGCCAUCCAGCCACCAGGGUCUGGAACCUUCUAUCCAGGACCUGGGCCUGGGGAAUACCCUGCUCCUUAUGCUGCCGGGCCGCCAUAUUACGCCAGCCAGACAGUGUACCCUCCCUCUCCACCCAUCAUAGUGCCUGCACCACUGCCACCUCCACCAGCCAAGCGUGAAAAGAAACCAAUUCGGAUCCGAGACCCCAACCAGGGUGGAAAGGACAUCACAGAGGAAAUCAUGUUUGGAAGCCGUAAUCCUACUCCUCCUGCCGGGCACUCGGCCUCCACCUUAACCCCACCUGCAGGACAGCCCUCCUCAACACCAACCCCACCCACAGGACACCUGUCCUCCACACCCACCCCUCCACAGCCAAGCAACUGUCAGACCCCAGAACAAACGACAUGUGUUAACCCACCUCAGAGAAUCUCAGAGAGCCCUGCGCCCAUGGAUGGGAAACCUAAUUUAGAUGACAGGCCAAAAAUGGAGUCUGCUCCCAUAAUGCCUGUAUCUCCUGGGCCUAGGCCUUCAGAGUCCACUUUAGGGAAAAGAGAAGCCCCAAGUCUUCCAUUAUUAGCCUCUUCUUCUCCAGAGAUGGCCUCUGAUGUUCCCUCCCAACCUUCAAGUGAAUGCAUUAAACCAACUGCUGCAGGAGAACCUGAAUUUAUUUCUCCUUCAUCUACCAAGUCUCAGACACAUCUGGUUAAUUCUGGUGGGGACUCUAUUCCUGAAAGUUCUCUCAGACUGUCUGCUUCGCCCUCGCCGUCCCUCAAAGUGGUAAAUGGCCUUGCCGAGUCUCAAACUCACUUAUCAAGCUAUGAAGAACCUGAGGUCCAGGAAGCCCUAAAGAUAUCAUUGUCCCGCGAGGUUCAGCUGCCAACCCAGGGUAUGUUAUCCACGGAGGAGUCUGGUCAGGAAGUUCCAGUGGCCUUGGAGGAGCUCCAGGCAGAGCACCUCCCUUCUCUAGCUGUACAUGUGCCCUUGAUCCCUACAGUACAGGCCCCUUCAAGCACCUCCUGCACUGCUACUGUCAUUGGACCACCACCUGGUUUGGCACCACUAGUGCAGUCAGUUGUCCUUGAGGUGCCAGAGCAAAACAAGUCCUCGGACAAUGUCCAACCGAAGGCUCAGGAUGCUUCAGAAUCACAAACUCAGAACAACUCUAGAAAGUUCAUACCCUCAGCUGUUUCUGCUGUACCAAAGUCUUGGAAGAAACCAAAUGAAGAUGUACUGAUGGUGGAAACACUGCUGAAGGAGAAUGAGGAGGAGACCACAAAGGACCUCUCUACUGGAGAUGACAUGGUCUCACAACCAACCUUAGGGCACCAGGAGAAGCUCUCAGAGGAGAACGGUGAGAUUGAAACAGAGCCUUUUAGGAAUGGGGUGGAGACAGAAAGCACUGACAGUGGCGUUACACUCGGAGACAGCAGGGGGUCCAUGUGUUCACCCACUCCACUCAUGCAGGAAGGUCUUGUGCAAUCUAAUGGAAAGAGACAGUAUGACCGGGACUUCCUGUUGGGUUUUCAGUUUAUGCCGGCCUGCGUGCAGAAACCAGAGGGACUGCCUCAAAUCAGUGAUGUGGUGCUAGACAAGAUUAACCAAAACAAGCUGCCACUGAGGUCUGUGGACCCCAGGUUGAUUUCCAGGGGCACUCCCCAGGAUUUUACUCCUGCUUUUGCUGACUUCAGCAGGCAGAUGCCAGGAGGACAUGGCGCCCCACUUAUAAACGUGCGGCGACUUCCACCACGCAAGAUCAUAGUAAAUGUUUCCGUUACUGAUGACAUUCAGCUCAAGAAGGCAGAGAAUGCCUGGAAACCUGGGAUGAAGAAAGAGAAUGUCACAGAUGACCCAGAGGCCCUGAAAACCCAGGAGUUGUUCCGGAAAGUUCGUAGCAUUUUGAACAAGCUCACACCCCAGAUGUUUCAUCAGCUGAUGAAGCAGGUGACGGAUCUCACGAUCAACACAGAGGAGAGGCUGAAAGGAGUCAUCGACCUUGUGUUUGAGAAAGCCAUUGAUGAGCCCAGCUUCUCUGUGGCCUACGCCAACAUGUGUCGCUGCCUGGCUACGCUAAAAGUGCCCACAGCAGACAAACCUAAUACCACGGUAAACUUCCGGAAGCUGCUAUUGAACCGCUGUCAGAAGGAAUUCGAGAGGGACAAAGUGGACGACGUCGUACUUGAGAGAAAACAAAAGGAGCUGGACUCUGCCACAUCACCCACAGAAAGGGAAAAACUGCAGGAAGAGCUCGAGGAGACGAAGGACAAGGCCCGGCGUCGCUCCACAGGAAAUAUCAAAUUUAUCGGUGAGCUGUUCAAGCUCAAGAUGCUGACAGAGCCCAUCAUGCAUGACUGUGUGGUGAAACUACUAAAAAACCAUGACGGCGAGAGCUUAGAGUGCCUCUGCAGGCUCCUCACUACAAUCGGCAAAGACCUUGACUUCGAGAAAGCCAAGCCCCGUAUGGACCAGUACUUCAACCAGAUGGAGAAAAUUGUCAAAGAGCGCAAGACAUCGUCACGGAUACGGUUCAUGCUACAGGAUGUGAUAGAUCUGAGACUGCAUAACUGGGUGUCCCGAAGAGUAGACCAGGGUCCUAAAACCAUAGAGCAGAUCCAUAAAGAGGCCAAGCUGGAGGAACAGGAGGAACAGAGGAAGGUUCAUCAGCAGCUUCUGUCUAAGGACAUCAAGAGGAGGCCAGACCAAAGAGAUCAGCGCUCCCAGAGGGAGGAGACCUGGAACACUGUGCCCACUACUAAGAACAGCAGGACCAUCGACCCCACAAAGAUCCCCAAGAUCUCUAAGCCUCAAAUCGAUGAAAAGAUUCAGCUUGGUCCGCGGGCUCAGAUCAACUGGAUAAAGGGCAGCAGUGGUGGAGCUAAAGCUAGUGACCCUGAGUUAACACGCUCUGCCAGUAGCACCCUGAACCGUUAUUCAGCACUACAGUCGUCCACGUCUCAGCCCAGCCCAGCACCAGCCCAAACUUCUGAUUCUGAUUCCAGACGCCCACUGGGAAGUCGAGGCAGCACUGGUCGUGAUCGCAGUGAAAAGCCGUUGAGUUUGGGGCCGUCACGACCGGGGCUCUUCAGCAGAGGUAGCAGUGCUAAGGAGCUAACAGACAACAUGGCCCCUCAGGAGACAUGGAGAGAGGGGCCUGACUCACACCAUACACCUCGUGAAGCCAGCAUUCCAGAGGAGAAAUGUGAGAUAGAGAACAACAGACCCACAGAGACAUUGAAAUCUGAGACGCUGCAGGUCACUGGUGGUUCAGAGAAGCCCAUCCUGACCGAAGAGGAGGUCGAGCGGAAGUCCAAAUCCAUCAUUGAUGAGUUUCUGCACAUUAAUGACUACAAGGAGGCAGUGCAGUGUGUUAUUGAGAUGGAUCAGCCCUCUCUGCUGUUUGUGUUUGUGCGCAUGGGUCUGGAAUGCACACUGGAGCGUAGUCAGAAAGCCAGAGAGCACAUGGGACUGCUCUACUAUCAGCUUAUUCAGAAGGACAUCUUACCUCAUUCUCAACUCUUCAAAGCGUUUUCGGAGAUGCUGGAGCAGGCUGAUGAUAUGGCCAUAGAUGUUCCCUUCAUUUGGCUUUACCUGGCUGAGCUGCUCAGUCCUCUGCUGAGAGAAGGAGGAAUCAACAUGAGAGAGCUGUUCAGUGAGUUAAGUAAACCGCUACUCCCUGUGGGAAGAGCUGCCAUCUUAUUUUCUGAAAUACUGCACCUACUAUGCAAACAAAUGAGCCAUAGGAAAGUUGGAGACUUGUGGAGAGAGUCUGGGCUGAACUGGGCCGACUUCCUGCCUGAGGGAGAACAUCUUCCUACCUUCAUCUCACAACAGAAGUUAGAGUUCACCGUAUCAGAAGUCUCCCCAGUGUCCCCGGCCACAGCUAAACCCAGCCUCAGUCCUGAGGAGCUCUUCAAACAGCUAGAGCACCUCCUGCUAGAAGACAUGGCUAGUGACGAACAGAUCUUCGACUGGGUCGAGGCUAAUUUGGACGAAUCUCAAAUGAGUUCAUCUCCAUUUUUGAGAGCUUUAAUGACGGCUGUAUGUAAAGCAGCAGUUAAAGAUGAAAGCACGUCCUGUAGAGUGGACACUGCUAUCGUCCAGAGACGCCUGCCUAUAUUACAUAAGUACCUUAACUCGGACACCGAGCGGCAGCUGCAAGCACUUUAUGCUCUUCAGUCUUUGAUUGUCGCCCUGGAUCAACCUCCCAAUCUACUCCGAAUGUUUUUCGACUGUCUUUACGAUGAGGACGUUAUUUCGGAGGAGGCUUUCUAUCAGUGGGAAACGAGUAAAGACCCAGCGGAACAGCAGGGAAAAGGCGUAGCACUGAAGUCUGUCACCGCUUUCUUCACCUGGUUACGAGAGGCAGAGGAGGAGUCUGAGGAUAAUUGACACAAGCAGGUGGCCGACACCCAGAGGCCCCCUACUGACACAAAAAAAAUUGCAUCCAGACUAAACCGGUCUAGCCAUAGACAGACUUACUCCUGAAGACACAGGAACUUUGACUUUGAAACGCUGGCCAACUUAAGCUG